CCACUCAGUGUACUGUAAUAAUCAUAUAGUUUACAUAUUCCGGCAAGUGUUUUUUUUUCAAACAUGUUCUGAUUUUCGAUUCUUUCAUCUAUGGAUGCUUGACCAACCAGUGUAACAAAGCAAACUUUGUGUGAAUAUGGGCACUGUUUUGAAUCUAGUGAACCCUCCUAAUACAUGCCAUCCACCUCCUCCAUGCUUACUGUCUCCAAGUAAUAAGUUUCCAUGGACAAAACCCUUUUUACCUGGUGUUUUUCUCGCUCGGCCUGUAACUCCGAUUCAGAGGUGUCAUGUUGUCAGGAGAAGAAGCCGUGUCUCUGCUUCCUUAAUGGGGAAUUUGGGUCGUCUGAGGAGGAAUUUACAAGAUGUAACGAGCAUGAACUAUUGGGUUGUGCGUGACUACUAUCGUCUUGUGCAAUCUGUUAAUGCCGUCGAACUACAGAUUCAAAGUCUUUCGGAUGAACAGCUGAAAGCUAAAACUUCAGAGUUUCGGGAAAGGUUAGCAAGAGGGGAGUCUCUAGCAGAUAUGCAAGCUGAGGCGUUUGCUGUUGUUCGUGAAGCUGCAAAGAGAACGAUUGGGAUGCGUCAUUUUGAUGUGCAGAUAAUUGGUGGAGGAGUGCUUCAUGAUGGAUCAAUUGCAGAGAUGAAGACAGGUGAAGGGAAAACACUAGUCUCUACAUUAGCUGCAUAUCUUAAUGCAUUAACUGGCGAGGGCGUUCAUGUGGUUACUGUGAAUGAUUACCUGGCCCAGCGUGAUGCAGAAUGGAUGGGUCGUGUUCACCGCUUCUUAGGCCUUUCAGUUGGUCUCAUUCAGCGAGGAAUGAAAGCUGAAGAGAGAAAAUUCAACUAUGGCUGUGAUAUAACAUACACCAAUAACUCGGAGCUUGGAUUUGAUUAUCUGCGAGAUAACCUUACUUCAAACAGUGAACAACUUGUGAUGAGAUGGCCAAAACCAUUUCACUUUGCAAUCGUUGACGAAGUGGACUCAGUCCUCAUCGAUGAAGGGAGAAAUCCUUUGCUAAUAAGUGGUGAGGCUAAUGAAAAUGCCGCACGAUAUCCAGUUGCUGCUAAAGUGGCUGAACUUCUCGUAAAAGAUGUUCAUUACAAAGUUGAAUUGAAAGAGAACUCAGUGGAACUCACGGAAGAAGGUAUAUCUCUUGCUGAAAUGGCUCUUGAGACCGGUGAUUUAUGGGACGAAAAUGAUCCAUGGGCCAGGUUUGUUAUGAAUGCUUUAAAAGCUAAAGAAUUUUACAAGCGUGAUGUCCAAUAUAUUGUGAGAAAUGGGAAAGCACUUAUAAUUAAUGAGUUGACCGGAAGAGUUGAAGAGAAAAGGAGAUGGUCGGAAGGAGUCCACCAGGCUGUGGAGGCUAAAGAAGGUCUCGAAAUUCAGGCUGAUUCAAUUGUUGUGGCCCAAAUAACCUAUCAGUCGCUCUUCAAACUAUAUCCAAAGCUCUCUGGGAUGACUGGGACAGCAAAAACAGAGGAAAAAGAGUUUUUGAAAAUGUUCCAGAUACCUGUUAUUGAAGUUCCUACAAAUUUGUCAAAUAUUCGAAUCGAUCUACCUAUUCAAGCUUUUGCAACUGCUCGAGGUAAAUAUGAAUAUGUUCGUCGAGAAGUUGAAGAUAUGUUUGGACAAGGUCGACCUGUUUUAGUAGGAACAACAAGUGUCGAGAAUUCUGAAUAUUUGUCAGCAUUGCUCAAAGAAUGGGGUAUUCCUCACAAUGUCCUGAAU